ACCUGAAAAAUAUAUAUAUACACAUAUACAUAGAUGGAUACGAAAAGGGUGUGAGCGUCCGUAUAACACUUAUCACUCACGCAAACUCAUAUCAAUAUCACUGCUUUGCUAAAAAAACGCAGAUAUAUAUGCAUUCUGUUUCUGCAUGAUUGGUGUUGUAAAUAUGCAACAAAACCACAUCCAAAAACAGAAACACCAGUGAGGAGUGUAUUGUUGUUGUUGUUGUUGUUGUUGUUGUUUUAGAUCGGUAAGUAGCAAUGGCAUCGGCUUUGGUGGGAGACGAUCUUGCCAGGUCGACGAGCAGCCGGAGAAGCUGGGCUUCUGGGAGUUUCCUGGAAGUGUGGACGGCGCCGCCGGACGUGUUUAACUGGAGCGGUAGGCAAGAGGAGGACGAGGAAGAGUUGAGAUGGGUGGCCAUAGAGAGAUUGCCUACCUAUGAUAGGCUGAGGAAAGGGAUGCUCACGCAAGUUCUUGAUAAUGGCAAGGUUGUGCAUGAUGAAGUGGACGUUACGAAUCUUGGGAUGCGAGAUAAGAAGCUGUUGAUGGAGAGUAUUCUUAAGGUUGCUGAGGAAGACAAUGAGAAGUUCCUUAGAAGACUGAGAGACAGAACUGACAGCAGAGUUGGGAUUGAGAUUCCUAAGAUUGAAGCUCGGUAUGAACAUGUGUCGGCGGAGGGAGAUGUGUUUUUGAACACAAUUGAGAGUAUUCUCGGAUUGGUUCACCUUGCUCCAUCGAAGAAGAGAAAAACCCAGAUACUCAAAGAUGUUAGUGGAAUUGUUAAACCAUCAAGGAUGACCCUACUUCUGGGUCCUCCAGGUGCAGGAAAAACAACCUUGUUGCACGCACUUGCCGGGAAACUCGACAAGGAUCUGAAGGUGUCUGGGAAAGUCACCUACUGUGGUCAUGAAUUCCAUGAAUUUGUUCCUCAAAGAACCUGUGCUUAUAUUAGUCAACUCGAUCUUCACUAUGGAGAGAUGACUGUGAGAGAGACACUGGAUUUCUCAGGACGCUGUGUAGGGGUUGGCACAAGGAAUGAGAUGUUGGUGGAACUCUCAAGAAGAGAGAAAGAAGCAGGAAUUAAGCCCGAUCCUGAGAUUGAUGCAUUCAUGAAGAACACUGCAAUGGCAGGCCAAAAGACUAGCUUGGUUACUGAUUAUAUUCUCAAGCAAAAAGUUUUCAGUUUCAACAAAAUAAACCGCCGAUCCCAAAAGACCCUUGGACUGGAUAUUUGUGCUGAUAUUAUGGUUGGAGAUGAAAUGAGACCCAUCUCCGGUGGACAAAAGAAGCGUGUGACAACUGGGGAGAUGUUGGUCGGACCAGCAAAGGCUCUUUUAAUGGAUGAAAUAUCGACAGGGUUGGACAGUUCUACCACUUUUCAGAUUUGCAAGUACAUGAGGCAAAUGGUUCAUAUUAUGGAUGUGACUAUGGUCAUUUCUCUUCUACAGCCAGCACCAGAGACAUUUGAUCUUUUUGAUGACAUUAUCUUACUUUCAGAAGGACAGAUAGUCUACCAAGGUCCAAGAGAAAAUAUCAUCGAGUUCUUUGAGCACGUGGGUUUCAAAUGCCCCGAUAGGAAAGGAGUUGCUGACUUUUUACAAGAAGUAACAUCCAAGAAGGAUCAAGAACAAUAUUGGUUCAAGAAGAACCACCCUUACAGAUACAUUUCAGUUUCUGAAUUUGCCCAGGCCUUCGGCUCUUUUCACAUUGGCCAACAGCUUUUAGCUGAUCUUAGUGUUCCUUAUGAUAAAUCUACAUUCAAGACUACUCAGAUAACAAUCAUGUCCGUAAUUGCCUUGACAGUUUUCCUUAGGACAGAAAUGCCAGUGGGAGGAAAAUUUUUUGGAGCACUAUUUUUCAGGCUUCCUGUCUUUUAUAAACAAAGGGAUUUCUUGUUCUAUCCUGCAUGGGCUUUUGGCUUACCCAUUUGGGUCCUCAGGAUCCCUCUAUCAUUCAUGGAAUCAGGAUUAUGGAUCAUUCUUACCUACUACACAAUUGGAUUUGCUCCAUCUGCUAGCAGGUUUUUCCGACAGUUCUUGGCAUUCUUUGGUAUACAUCAAAUGGCAUUGUCCCUCUUUCGGUUCAUUGCUGCAGUUGGAAGAACACAAGUUGUUGCAAAUACGCUGGGUACCUUCACCUUGCUUUUGGUUUUUGUGCUUGGAGGAUUCAUCGUUGCCAAAAAUGACAUUGAGCCAUGGAUGAUAUGGGGCUAAUAUGGGAUGUUUGAUACAUGUACUUAAAAACUGAAAACAUGUGUUUGAAAACAUAUGUGGAAAUACGUAUGAGUGAAAAAGUAUGUGAAAAUACGUGUAAUGUUGUUUAAAAACUGAAAACAUAUAUUUGAGUAGAUGUACCAAACGGGGCCUAUAUUUCUCCUAUGAUGUACGGACAAAAUGCCAUAGUGAUGAAUGAAUUUCUUGAUAAAAGAUGGAGUGCGGUAAGAUAUCUUCAUAGUUUAAUUGUUUUCAUAUGUAAAUUUUAGAUUUGACUUUCCAUACUUGCAUAUGCAAAUGAAGGCUCAAAUUAUGCAUUUUCAACACCAUAAGCCAUCAUGGAAAUUUAACAAAAUUUAUCUAUUGCAGCCCAAUAAUGACCCCAGAUUUAAUGCACCAACAGUUGGUGAUCCUGAAGUAGACCUCUUGGGAGAACUUUCUGGAAAAUUUAACUAUUAUAUCUUUUAUCCCACAACCAAAAAAUAGAAACUCCAGUCUUCUCCUCCUCCAUGCAAAGAACCCAAGCCUAAACAAGAUUCUAACCAUGAGUCUAAACCUCCAUUGAUUCCAUAUUACCAGAAUAUCCUCCCUCAAUUACAUAAAUAUCAUCCUCCUCCUCCUUUCACACAAACCCAAACACAAAACCCUUUACCCUACUACACUAUUGACAAACCUUCAUCCUCUUAUGAUCAAGAUUUUCCUCCACUAGAAAACUUUAACACCCCCAAGCCAACACAAGACAUGUUUGGAAGAUCAAAACCCCUGUUGGAACUAAUUCAGAUGGAACCUGAAAACAAGUUUCUUCAAUAGAGGCAGCUUUAAAUUGGCAAGUGAAGAAUGUUGUGGCCCAAAACCAAGCUCUUUUAAAGAUUCUUGACAAUCAACAAAAAUUGGCAGAAGCAGUCACACAAACCUUUUCAUCUUCUGAAUCUCUUACCAAUGAUAUGAAGAAGAAAAUCAAGAAAGUAGAACAAGAGCUUGCAACAAUUGCAUCCACAGUCAAAGACAUGUCAAUUUCCUUCCCCCUUUUGGGACAAAAAGAAAAAGAAAGAAAACAGUUGUUAUCAGAGGGGAAGAACUUGCAGCAAUAUCUCAAUUUCAAUUCAAACAUAGGUUUGAUUCGCACUCCAUGUUCUGAGAAAUAUUUACCAUCCGUCGACAAAAGGAUCACCCUAAGAUGAUCAUCUCAUGGCUAUUGAGAACGAAUCAAAUCAGAUGGUUCUAUUUCUCAAUCUUUCUGACUUGCUCCUACAGAACCAAGGUCGAAAAGAUUGAGAAAAAUAGGUCAUUCAAAAGCGAUUUAGUAGUUCUUGUGAAUCUAAUUCAUUGAAAUUCCAUCCAGUAAAAUGGAAGAAUUAUAAAUCUCCAGUUGUUAUCACAACUCCAGUUUAUAGAAAAAUCCCAAAAAGAUAGAAACACAGGCUUGUCCAAUGUUUGUCGAUAGCCCCCACCAAUCCAAACAAUCGUUGUACAAAUAUUUGUCUAUAUCCUUAACCUCUCCAUUCUUAUCCAAUUCCACAAGUCAAAACUUCCAACCCUUAACCACAAUACACCCUGAUCAUAACCCUCUCAAGAGCAGUGGAAUCUUUCCAGCCAUAACAUAUCCAAUCCAACCCAAAACAAAGACUCAAAGUCAAUCACAGAAUAAACCCUCCCCUGAUAAGUACCCAUUAUCCCAACCCUCAGAUCCAAUUGUUGGUGCAUCCUCCAAACCCCCAGAUAUGAACAUGUUAACCAUAGAUCCUGACCCUCCAAACCCAAUUUCAUCUUUCCUAAAAGCCAUCACUCUAGAAGACUCAAAUAACCCACCUGUGCUCCCAAUCAUUGCUGAUACUGAUUUGGAUCUUUCUAAUCUUGGUCUUAAAGGAAUGAAAUAGGUAAAUUUUGAAGGAAAUGAAUACAUUGUUCUUUUUCUAGUAUUCUUUGGAGUUUAUAAGGGAGAAUAGGAAAUGAAAUAAAUUAUAUAUUUUUUACUCUUAUGCUCGUUAUGUUUUAUUUGUAUAACAAGGACUAAAACAUAAUUCUUUCUCAACCAGUGAGGGGAGUGAAUGGUUUACUUCACUUUUGAGUAGAAGGCUUAUAAUGGAAUGGAAUGGAAUGGUCCAUCUUAGUCGUUUCGUUUCUUCCUUCUGAAGUCCCUGUAUUAUGUCUUAUUUCCUUUCCUUCCUCAUACAGUAGGAAAGCAGUUGUGUAAAAGUGGGAAGCAAAAUAGUUACCUACUCUUUUCUUUC